UCCGGAGGGGCACCUUCAACCAGCUCCGCGGUGCACCGGCAGCGGCUUCCUCUUAGUUGUACAGAAGAAGUGGAAAUAAAACUUUCACACACACAGACACUAUGUCCUUUCUGUCAGUCAGCAGGCUAGCGCCGAAACUCCUCAAUUCCAAGAAUGCCGCUAACUUCCUCGUGGCUGCCAGAAAUGCUAGCGCAUCAACAACAAAUUUGAAGGAUGUCCUGGCAGACCUUAUCCCUAAAGAACAGUCCAGGAUCAAGAACUUUAAACAGCAGUAUGGCAAAACCAACAUAGGUCAGAUCACUGUCGACAUGGUCUAUGGAGGCAUGAGGGGCAUGAAGGGUCUGGUGUAUGAGACCUCUGUGUUGGAUGCUGACGAGGGCAUCCGUUUCCGGGGUUACAGUAUUCCUGAGUGUCAGCAGUUGCUGCCCAAAGCUCCCGGAGGCGAGGAGCCGCUGCCCGAGGGCCUCUUCUGGCUGCUGGUCACAGGACAGGUGCCCACUGAGGAGCAGGUGAACUGGGUGUCCAAAGAAUGGGCGAAGAGAGCAGCGCUUCCCUCUCACGUCGUCACCAUGUUGGACAAUUUCCCCACAAACCUCCAUCCAAUGUCCCAGUUCAGUGCUGCCAUCACAGCUCUGAACAGCGAGAGCAGCUUCGCACGCGCCUACUCUGAGGGUGUCCACAAGACCAAGUACUGGGAGUUUGUUUAUGAAGACUCCAUGGACUUGAUUGCCAAGCUGCCCUGCAUCGCUGCCAAGAUCUACCGCAACCUGUAUCGUGAAGGCAGCAGCAUCGGAGCCAUCGACUCCAACCUGGACUGGUCCCACAACUUCACCAACAUGCUGGGCUACAGUGAAGCCCAGUUCACUGAACUUAUGAGGCUCUACCUCACUAUCCACAGUGACCAUGAAGGAGGCAACGUCAGUGCCCAUACCAGCCACUUGGUGGGCAGUGCCCUGUCUGACCCCUACCUGUCCUUCAGCGCUGCCAUGAAUGGUCUGGCUGGUCCUCUGCACGGCCUGGCCAAUCAGGAGGUGCUGGUGUGGCUGACUGCCCUGCAGAAGGAGAUGGGAGGAGAGGUGUCUGAUGAGAUGAUGAGGGAUUACAUCUGGAACACACUCAAGUCUGGAAGGGUGGUGCCCGGCUAUGGACACGCUGUCCUGAGGAAGACUGACCCACGUUACGCCUGCCAGCGUGAGUUUGCCAUGAAGCAUCUGCCCAACGACCCCAUGUUCAAGUUGGUCGCCCAGCUUUACAAGAUCGUGCCCAACGUGCUCCUGGAGCAGGGUAAGGCCAAGAACCCCUGGCCCAAUGUGGACGCCCACAGCGGAGUGCUGCUGCAGUACUACGGCAUGACUGAGAUGAAUUACUACACUGUGCUGUUUGGCGUGUCCCGAGCCCUCGGUGUGCUGGCUCAGCUGGUGUGGAGUAGAGCCCUGGGCUUCCCCUUGGAGCGCCCCAAGUCCAUGAGCACAGAUGGACUGAUGGGACUGGUGGGAGUAAAGUCAGGCUGAAGAACAACCUGAGAGGAGUUGGGGGUUAGUGUAAAGGGUGGGAGGAGGUGGAGAUAUCAAAAGGCAGACAUAAGUUGACCCCCUGUCAUUCCCGACCCCAGGGAUUCAAUGGGAUUCAAAGAGACAGUACGCUUUUAAUGUCAUUUCACAAAAGAAGGGCCUUUCAAAUCGUCACACCAUUAGUGUUUGAGUGUGUUUAGUUAUCCAAGUUUUCCCAGCACGUCUCCAUAUUUCAGAGAACGUGAGGUGAAAACUUAAAGACACGCAUACAUGUAACCCAUCAUAGGCUCAAAUUAUGUACCAUUACAAGUCUGCUAGAAUCGCUAAGAUUUUCCCCCUGAGACAUUUGAGCAGUGCCUGCAAAGUUUGUCAUUGGGCACGAAUAGGCAAUGGCAUUCAAAGGGAAUUGUGGGAGUGAAUUAACACUUCCUUUGUAUUCGUUUUCAAGAUCUUAAAGUUUAAAUACCUGACUGAACCUGCGCUGCUUUCGGUUCAUGCUGUGAUCCUUUUUUUUUUUUUUUUUUUUUUUAGUUUUUAGAUGACAUCCCCAAAUCAAAAGACCUUUUUUUUGGUCCCCCCUCCCACAAAUUAGGACUCAAUUUAGGUUAUUCUAUGCAAUUAUCCCAGUUGAUAUCCCACCCAGUCUAUCCACACGUUUCACUCCCAUUAAUGAACACUCCAGUUUAGAUCAAAUAAAAAGGUCCUCACCAGUGAAAUUAGCAAACUCUUCAAGAUAAAAAAGAAAACGCAUGAAAAUAAGUUAAAAGUUACUGCCCCUUUAAAUCUUUGGUCUCCCCCUCUUUUCUCCAACUUAUAGUUGUUUUUUUUCUUUUUAACGAUGACAUGUCUUACCUCUAUGAUCAAAAUAACUGUCUUGUCUAUAUAGAGAUUACUUUCUCCUUUACAUUUUUUGUUUUUUUCCUUAACAUGCUUUACUAUUUUUAACGGGCUCUCAGCUCAAAGGGGUCUUCUGAAUGGUAGAGAAUCAAGAAUAAUGUACAGUAACAAUCACUUUGAGCAAAUGGUGUUGUAAUCGGCAGUCUGUAGUAAAAAUCCUUAAGAGCAAGCUUGAAUAAUAAAAAUUUAAAAAAAAUAAAAAAGUGGGAGAAGGGGGGGCUUUGUAUUUGUUCAAGUCCUGUCUUAUUUGAGUGUAUGUUAUGUGAUGUUAUCCCCACAGGAGAGCGCUUUAAACAUCAACUACUCCAAAAAUGAGCACUUGCUUGAUUGGAUUUCCUAAUUUGUAGCAUUAGAAAAAUAAAAACAAACCCCAGAUUGAAUGUGUCCCCUUUUUACAGAGAUUUUUUGUUUUUUGUUGAAUAUGUAUAAAAAGUAUAAUCUUUGGGUUCUCAUUUUGUGGUUUUAUUUAUACUUUGUGUACAUAGGUAUAUAUAUGUAUAGGUUGAAUGUAUAAGCUCUGUGCGACCAUUUGCUUGUAAUAAUAACCACAAUGAUUACCAUAGUUUACCAAACAGCGUAGUGGUGUCCAGUCUCACUGUAGCGUUCAGUCUCACUGGUCACUGUGAAACAUUUUUUUUUGAGUACGAACAAAAAGAAAAAUUGCAGCUAUCUUGUAUAUAUACACACAAUUUCUUGCCUAGCUCUGUCUGUUUUUUUUUUCUUCAGGUGUUUCACUUGAAUGUUUCAAGCUUGCUCUUAAGUUGUUCACCAACUUUACCUGCUGCCUCUGGGUUUGUCAGCACUCCAUUUUUGUGUAGUUUAAGUUGCAUCUUGGGUCUUUUUUCUCUCCCCCUUCCCCCAAAAACAUACAAACAAUACUCUUGCUGUGUUUUAGUCAGUAGUUCACUCAGAUGUUCAAAUUUCUCUCUCCCUCUCUCUCUGCUCUGCUACCAUCUUCCUUCUGGCUUCACCAGGCAUGUUUUUUGUGUUUUUACUGUAGUGUUCGUUCCACGUGGCGGGUUGUCGUUCAAGAAGUGUGGUUAUUUUGAUCGUAGAGGAACAUAGUAAAAAGGUUGUACACGGUAAUGAGAACUGGGAGGACUCAUCAGAGAAACACUUGGGGGAUGGGGCUGGAUGGGUCAAACGGGCAAGAAAAUCUCAAAAAGCAAUUAUUGGAAAACCUAACAAAAAAUGAAAAAUAAUAAAGGUUUUUAUUAACA